AUGGAGCUUUAUUAUGAAUUCCUGUUGGAUGGUUUCAGGAAGCUUGGCCCUGAGGAACCUGUUCUACAAAACACCGUUUUCGGCUGGGUUGCAGCCGGAAAGGUGGGAUUUCAUCACCAUGCAGGUCAACCGAAAGUAGCCCACGUUUGCAGCAUGGAGAAGGUUGAAGACACAAUCUCUCGCUUUUGGGAACUGGAGUCCUGCUGGUCACCCUGUACACAGUCUCCCGAUGAAACUUUCUGCGAAGAGCAUUUCGUAGCCAACACAUUUCGUGAUGAGUCGGGGCGAUUCGUGGUAACACUACCCAAGCGCACCGAUGUUCUGUCCCAGCUCGGGCGCUCCAAGAAUAUUGCGGUUAACAGAUUCCAUGCACUGGAACGUCGACUUGAUGCCAACCCAAAUCUGAAGCAGGCAUAUACUGCGUUCAUAACGGAGUACUUGCAACUCAACCACAUGCGAGAAAUCAACGACGUCAACGAUUCCUUCCCUUCCUACUACCUUCCACAUAAUGGCGUGGAGAAGGCGGAUAGUACCACCACGAAAUUGAGGGUUGUGUUCGACGCCUCCUGCCGAACUGACUCUGGCGUGUCACUAAACCAGGCGCUUUUGGUAGGACCUGUCGUACAAGAUGACUUGUACGCAAUUUCGCUUCGCUUUCGGAUGCGUCAGUAUGCCAUUGUCGCAGAUGCUGAAAAAAUGUAUCGUCAGAUCCGUGUACAUCCAACUGACUUCCUUCUUCAACGUAUCCUGUGGCGGAAUUCUAGUCGGGAGCAGCUGAAAACGUUCGAACUUACCACCGUCAUCUAUGGUACGGCUUCGGCGCCGUAUUUGGCCACCAGGUGCCUUCUCGAGUUGUCUAAACAAGGAUCCAACGAUUUUCCUCAAGCGGCGGAAAUAUUAGCCAAAGAUUUUUAUAUAGACGACAUGCUCACCGGAGUCGAAGAUGAGGACGAUGGAGCACAACUAUGUAUCCAGCUUCGGAACCUACUGAAGUCAGCUGGGUUUAGCCUACGUAAGUGGGCAUCCAACUCCAAUGCCAUACUGUCAGCCAUACCAUCCGAGCUACGCGACGAGCGCUCGAUGCUUGCUCUGGACACACCGUCUACCAUAAAAACUCUGGGGUUGAUAUGGGAACCGGCAACCGAUCUACUCCACUAUACCAUUCCUAAAUGGUCACUCACGAACUCUAUUACUAGAAGAACGGUAUUAUCGGAUACUGCAAAACUGUUUGACCCUCUAGGGUUGGUCGGUCCGGUGAUAGUCCUGGCUAAAAUAUUCGUUCAAACCCUCUGGCGAAGCUCACAUUCUUGGGAUGAUCCUCUCGAUGACCACCAACAACAGUAUUGGCUUGCUUUCCGCAACAGUCUGGAUGCUCUACCAUCAAUUUCCGUUCCACGUUGGGUAGCCUUUGCCAACGCUCCAGUUAAUGUGGAACUGCACGGCUUCUGUGAUGCAUCGAUCCGAGCAUACGGUGCAUGUUUGUAUAUUCGAACGGUCUCUAAUGAUGGUGGCAUUUCCGUGCGUCUUCUGACUGCCAAAUCCAAAGUGGCCCCACUCGGAGACUCGAAAAGGCAGAAAAGGGUCAGUCUACCCAGGCUGGAGUUAUCUGCGGCUCUACUACUGAGUCAUUUGUACCAUAAGGUCAACUCCAGCAUCGCUCUGAACACCCGAUCCUUCUUCUGGUCGGACUCAACGAUAACGCCAGUGUUGUGCUUGAUCAUUAUCAGACGAACAUGA